AUGGAGCUGGUGGAGGAUCUGGGACAGGACCUGAGCCAGCUCUCCUUGGACGAGCUCUCUGCCUUGGUGGAGGAAACCAGGUGUGAGAAUGCCAUCCUCAAACUGGAGACGGACAUGUUUGAGAAACAUGUCAACUGGCUGGAGUCCCAGAAAAUGGCCACAGAACAGCAUGGCUCUUUGGUGGGCAUGGGACAAGUGCCAUACGGACGAGGCAGGCACAAGUCUAAGUCCCACAUCCCAACAGAGUGCCCCGUCUGCCUGACCAUGGAGCAGAAAUGUAACCUGGUCCAGAGGGAACUGGAGGAGACCAAAGAGGACAUGCGGCGGAUGAAGGAGAACUCAGAGAGGAUCAUGCAAUAUCUCCAGACAGUCCUAGAGGAAGCAGACAUUCCAGGAUGGACAUUAAGAAAGCCGCUGCAGACUUUGAAAAAGAUCAUCAAAACCAUCACCAAAAAGAAAGGGAACAUCAUCGCUUCCAAAAAGGUGUUGAAAUACAUGGAAGACAAGAUGUGCCUCAGGGAUGCCCUGAAAGAGAAAUAUCGCUUAAAAAACAAUUCCCUCAAAGUACAGGUGAAGAAGAUGCAGACACAGCUGAAGCAGAAAGAGGAGCUUGGGGAGGCCCUUCAUGAGGUAGAUUUUCAACAGCUGGGCAGAAUUGACCAUGAAUUAAUCCUUGCUGAGGCAGAACGGGCCAAGGCUGAGGCUCUGAACAAAAAGCUACAGAAGCAGCUGGCCAAAAACAAAGUGCUUCCAGUCCUCGACUAUGUCCACGAGACAAUGGCUAUCCAAAAGCUCAUAGAAAUCAAAAUCUGGGAGAAGAAGGUGGAGAUCUCAGAGCUGACCUUACAGACCUAUUGCUGUGCUUGUCACAAGGCAAAGAUGCCCAGGAAACAGCUGCAUGAGUUUUUUUCCUGA